GCAACGCCUGACUACGCAGUGCUGACGUUCGGCCCAAAAAAUAGGAAACGUAGUUGGAAAAGUUAAAAAACAGAAAUAUUCGACAAAAACAGACGGCAAUAAACGCAAAACAGUUGCUGCACUUGCUCCCCCUUCUGUGUGCGUGUGUGCAACGUGUGUUAAUCUGCUGCAGCACGGUGCAUAAAUCGGCAAAUCUCUAGAAACAAUAGCCACAACACCGAAGAUGAUCCUGCAUUGUGGUCCGCCACGGGUCCUGUCCCCGCUGCUGUUGUUGCUCCUGCUGCACACGUUGUUGACACUGGGAGGCGCCUUCUAUUUGCCUGGCCUGGCACCGGUUAACUUUUGCAAGACAACCGAUGUGUCCACCACAUGCAAGUCGGAUGUUAUCUUAUAUGUUAACCGCUUGAAUACUGAGGAAUCGGUCAUACCCUAUGAAUAUCAUCAUUUUGAUUUCUGUCUGGGCAAAGAGGAGAACUCUCCCGUGGAGAAUCUGGGACAGGUGGUCUUUGGCGAGCGCAUACGUCCGGGUCCCUAUAAAAUUCAGUUCCUGGAGAAUCAGCCAUGCGCUGUGGCCUGCACCAAGGAAUACAAGGGUGGAGAUCCCAUCAGCAAUCGUCGCAUGAUGGUGCUGAAAAAGGGCAUCAGCUUGAACUAUCAGCAUCAUUGGAUUGUGGACAAUAUGCCGGUGACCUGGUGCUAUCCGUUGGAGAAUGGCAAACAAUACUGCGGCACUGGCUUCCCCAUGGGCUGUCUCGUGCGCACCGAUGGCGAGGGCUGUCCCAUCAACUCUAUCUACAAUCAGCCCAUGCAUUACUAUCCCUUCAAUCAUGUGGACCUGGAGAUCACCUAUCACAGUGGACAGCUUGAGGACUGGGGCAUUGGCUUUGGCAACAGUGGACGCAUUAUCUCGGUGAAGGUUACACCCAAAUCAAUCAAACACACCGAUCCCAAGGCACCCAACUGCCUGAGCGCCGAUCCACUGGCCAUUAGUGAGACCUCACUGAAGGCCGGCGAGCAGCUGAACAUUGUCUACACGUACAGCGUCAAGUUUGUGAAGAACGAUGCCAUCAAGUGGUCGUCGCGUUGGGACUACAUACUAGAGUCCAUGCCCCAUACGAAUAUCCAGUGGUUCUCCAUCCUCAACUCCCUGGUGAUUGUGCUAUUCCUGAGCGGCAUGGUGGCCAUGAUAAUGCUGCGCACCCUGCACAAGGACAUUGCCAGAUAUAAUCAGAUGGACAGUGGAGAGGAUGCACAGGAGGAGUUUGGCUGGAAGCUGGUCCAUGGCGAUGUCUUUAGGCCGCCACGCAAGGGCAUGCUUUUGUCCGUAUUCCUGGGCUCUGGCAUUCAGGUGCUCGUUAUGUCUAUGAUCACACUGGCCUUUGCCUGUUUGGGCUUCUUGUCGCCGGCUAAUCGCGGUGCUUUGAUGACCUGCUCCAUGGUUCUGUUCGUUUCGCUGGGCACACCCGCUGGUUAUGUUUCGGCGCGUAUUUACAAGAGUUUUGGUGGUCUCAAGUGGAAGAGUAAUGUCAUUCUUACAUCGAUUGUGUGCCCCGGUGUUGUCUUCUCGCUGUUCUUUGUGAUGAAUCUGGUGCUGUGGUUUGAGAACAGCUCGGGUGCUGUGCCAUUUAGCACAUUGAUUGCCCUGCUGGCCCUCUGGUUUGGCGUAUCAGUGCCGCUGACAUUUGUUGGUGCUUACUUUGGUUUCCGCAAGCGCGCCCUGGAGCAUCCGGUGCGCACCAAUCAGAUACCACGACAAAUACCCGAUCAAUCGAUUUACACACAACCGAUACCCGGCAUCGUUAUGGGCGGCGUGCUGCCCUUUGGCUGCAUUUUCAUCCAGCUCUUCUUUAUACUGAGCUCACUGUGGUCCAGCCAGAUGUACUAUAUGUUCGGAUUCCUUUUUCUGGUCUUUCUUAUACUGGUCAUCACGUGCUCGGAGACAACCAUUUUGCUGUGCUAUUUCCAUCUAUGUGCCGAGGACUAUCAUUGGUGGUGGCGCUCUUUCCUGACAUCGGGUUUCACGGCUGUCUAUCUGUUCAUCUACUGCUGUCACUACUUCAUCACGAAGCUCUCGAUCAAGGACAGUGCCUCGACGUUCCUGUAUUUUGGCUAUACGGCCAUUAUGGUAUUCCUGUUCUUUUUGCUAACGGGCACAAUUGGUUUCUUUGCGUGCUUCUGGUUCAUACGGAAGAUCUACAGUGUCGUCAAGGUGGAUUAAGUGCUCGAUUAAUGGAUGGACAAUGAGGAGAACGAGGAGCGGAGGACAAGAAUUGUGUGUGCAAAUGUAUUUUUGUAUUUGAGUAGCCACAAAUUUACACUUAAGCCUAACGUGUGUGCGUGUGUGUGAUUUCUGCGCUGUGCGCCCCAGCAGCAUGCGACAGUUUUCUGUUUAUUAUAUUUAUGAUUUGAUACAUAUAUUUGUGUAUCCCCCCGUAGCAAGGAAUGAAGCGCGCAAUAAUCUUUAAGUAAACCACAACAAUAAUAUGAUGUUGUAAAUGAUGGAGUAAACCGCCCCAACAUUUUUUGUAUAGUUUUCACACCUUUCUCUUAAACUUUAGGCAUAAAGUUUAGCCGUGUCCAAUUCCCCCAAAACGAUCGAUUCCAAAAAUUGUAUUCAAUUUCGUACUUUUAGAGAAGACCUCGAGCCAACUUCAACCCCAAAAGAGAGUACUAAUUUAUGCCGCAAUUCUAUAAAGUACUUUAAAUCAUAAAUAUUUCUACCUUAUUUCUAUUCUGUAAUAUCAAAGCCUAACAACUGUAAUUAGUGGCUCGUCUUAUCAAUAAUUCGAGCAGGUUGCAAUUCAAGUGUGUGUAAUAUUUUUAAAUACUUUAGUUUAAACUAUUUAAAUCUAACUUGCGACUAAAGAAUAAACAAAAAAUAUA